CUCUGACAGCCAAUCAGAAGAAUUGUUCUUCUCAAAGCAUGGCGAGAACCUCACUACCACCUCUACUGCUCUUUGGAUUGAGUUUGUUCCCUGUUUUGUUUUUCCAGUCUCAGACUAUGGUGGUACUUAGGGGGGAGUCCGUCACCUUGCUGUGCCCCAUAAUUUCAACGGUUGUGGGACAUGUAGCCUGGUUUAAACAAGUCAACAGAUCAGAGCCUGUGUGUAUCUCGACUAUGUACACCUCUCAUUCAUCAACAGUUGAUUAUUACUUAGAAAAUAGACAUUUUGAAAUGUACAGCAACAACACCACCAUCUUCCUUAACAUCACAAAGGUGGAAAUAGCUGACAGUGGUCGUAAUGGAACUACCAGUCUUGUUGGAGAGUGUAAUGGAACUACCAGUCUUGGAGAGUGUAAUGGAACUACCAGUCUUGUUGGAGAGUGUAAUGGAACUACCAGUCUUGUUGGAGAGUGUAAUGGAACUAUCAUUCUUGUUGGAGAGUGUAAUGGAACUACCAGUCUUGUUGGAGAGUGUAAUGGAACUAUCAGUCUUGUUGGAGAGUGUAAUGGAUCUAUGGACUUGUUCCCAUUGGUUGUGAUCCUGGGUGGUGUGACUGUUGUACUCCUGAUAGUCAUUAUCAUCCUGGUCCUCAAGAUCCGACGAGAAACAAAAACAGAUAAUGAGACUCAACUGCAGAGCCAAAAUAUCCAGGAUGUGGAUGAGGACACAGAUCUUAACUAUGCAGCACUGAAUUUUAGUCAGAAGACGCCAAGAAAUAAAAAAAGUCAGCUGAACAUGAUGGAGAAGGAUUCUGAUGUUGUUUACGCUUCCACUAGAUAAUGUAAAAUGUUUUUAUGUUGACAUUGAUUAUUGUUGUUGCUCGGCUCUGUCCUCCUAUUUUAUUACUCAUCAAACAAAUAAGGAGCACUCUUGGAACUUCUAAGUCACAUUGGCCACAUUUUCUUCAUAUAUAACUACAUGACAUAUAUGGCCUGCUGAGGUGACCAUCAGUAUGUUAUUACCUUCUGAAUUCAAAUAAGAAAUUAAACAACGAUGCCUACAACAUUUUUGUAAAUGACAUUACAUAUGAUUUUGAAUGCAAAAUGCAACAAACUUUUGGAACAAAUUUACAGUACAAUGCAA